GAGGAGGAGGAGGAGGAGGAGGAGGAGGAGGAGGAGAGAGCAAGCAGCCUCCCGCGGCUGGCGAGGAGAAUGGGCGUGCGGGGCGCCAGACCGCCGCGGGGUGUCACGGCCGCGGCCGAGCUCGCCAGACGCCGGGUAGGUGCCCGCCGCUUUUAAACCCGGGAGGGCGCGGCGGCGGCGGCGGCGGCGGGCGGAUCGAGGCGUGCGCGGGGCGCCGGGCGGCAGCCGAAUGGAGAGGAAGGGCACGGCGGCCGGGACCAAGGGGAACCCGAGCCUGCCGGUAGCUGGCGAGGGGCAGCGGCCGCCGCCGCCGCUGGGCGUCCCGGGCGGCGGCAGAGGGGCUCCAGCGCGGAGCCAGGCUGGGGCGGCGGCCGAGCCCGCCGAGUUCAUCCGGCGCGCGCACGAGUUCAAGAGCCAAGGAUCGCAGUGCUACAAGGACAAGAAAUUCCGCGAAGCCAUCGGGAAAUACCACCGGGCGUUGCUGGAGCUGAAGGGGUUGCUGCCGGCCCCCGGGGAACGGGAGCGGGACUCGCGUGCGGCCUCUCCCGCCGGGGCCCCCAACCCUGGCCGCCUCUCGGAGGAGCAGAGCAAGACCGUGGAAGCCAUCGAGAUCGACUGCUACAACAGCCUGGCAGCCUGCCUGCUCCAGGCUGAACUGGUAAACUAUGAACGAGUCAAGGAGUAUUGCCUCAAAGUCCUGAAGAAGGAAGGGGAGAACUUCAAAGCCCUUUAUCGGUCUGGCGUGGCCUUCUACCACCUUGGGGACUAUGACAAAGCACUCUACUACCUGAAAGAAGCGAGGACCCGACAGCCAACAGACACCAACGUGAUUCGGUACAUCCAGCUGACAGAGAUGAAGCUCAGCAGAUGCUCCCAGAGAGAGAAGGAAGCCAUGUAACGGCAAUACCUGUCUAGAGCUGCCCCUGCAGUGAACCUGGACUUCCCAGCAUCCCCUGGUGGAGAGCCCCUCCCUGGCUCCUGGUCCUUUCUCCCCACUUCUCCCGUCAGACCCCCUCCCACCUCUUCCUCCUGUUGCCCCUCAACUCGCCGUCUACUCCCAGUGUGAAAAAAGGAGGUGCAAAUUUGUAAUCGAGUGGGUUGCCCUGACAAUGGAGAUACCCUCUUCUGUAGUAGGUCAGCCACUGAGAGGGACCUAAUUUCUGCAGGGACAGCUGGGGAGGACUCUCACGGGCCAGGAAUGCCUGUGCUUCUGACGGAGACAGAACCUGGCAGGUGUACCAUUCCAAAGGCAGCAGGCAAGAAGCGCAUAGCUGGACCCUCCACACACUUCUGACAGACCAGAGCAUCUCAAGGCAACUGUGACAAAUCCAGGGAUGAGACAAUCACCACAAGCAUUAGCUAAGCCAGGCGAGAGGCUGUGAAUGUGUACACUGGAUUUCCCCACCCCUACCCACGGCAACCUCAGCCCCUGCCUCCCUCCUUCCCUUGGCUUGUGCUUUCUUCUCUCCCCCUAGGGGAUCUGAGACUCUGCCAGGAUUCACAUGCCAUUGAAGCCCACUCUCGGUGCCCUCUGGUGACUACACAUACCAUUCUCCCAUCCCCCCACUCCAGCAGGCAGCCACGACAGCAGAAGGGCAGGGUAAAGUGGGCCAAGGGUUGACCACAUAGGUGAUGGGGGGGAGGGAGAGAGGACGUUUAAGGGAGAGAGCAUUGUAUAGACUGGGGGACUGAACUGUGGUCUAAUUAAGUGUAAAUAAAAAUAAAUUAACAGGCAGCAGUUCCUGUCAUUUCUGUUGGAAGCAGCCCACUCCCCCAUUUUCACUCCCUCCCCCAACUCACUCAGAGCUACUUACAGCCAGGCAGGAUGGGGCUUCCCCCAAAGCAAUGGACCGUUUGUCCAGCAGUAUAGAAUGCUGGCUGCCGCCUUUGUGCUUUCAGCGUAGGCUGGGGUUGGGGAGACUGCCCAGGGACUUGGCUUUGUGGGACUUCGUGGGACUUGUACAGCCUCCUUUUGAUGACAUGAGCUGGACUCAAUAUCUGGCACAGAGAAUGUGUUCAACAAAUAUUUGUUGAAUGAAUAAGUGAUGACUGCAGACUGGCUCUCCUGCCUUAAACUAAUCUUAUCCCAGCCUAGUCUCCUGAUAGCUAUGCUCUUUAUGCCAUGUUGCUUCAGUCAACUAAGAAACAUUUCCUGAGGGCUUAUCGAUUGCCUGCCAUUGUGCAGUGUGCUGGGGGACACAGGAUAUCGUCCCAGUCUUAAAGGAGACGGAGGAGUUGAGAAAGACUCAUGUGAGAUGAUUACCAAUGACACCUUUAAUUUAUAUGAUGCUUUAAAUUUUUCAAAGCACUUUCAUGUAUUUUUUGUGUGAUUAGUGAAAGAGACAGUAUUGUACAAUUAAAAUAUAUACAGAUGCAAUAAUGUUAAUAGUUAGCGUUUAUUAAAUGCACUACCCUCAGAUCUUUACAUGUAUAAUCUCAUUUCUUUCAUGCAGUUCUCCUAUGAGAUAGCAUUUCUAUUUGAUGGAUAAGAAAACUGAAAACCAGAAAAAUUAACUCUCCCAAGGUUGCAUGGCCUUAAGCAGAAUAGCUAGGGUUUGAACCAGGUCUGUCUGACUCCAGAGCUCUAGCUAUGAACUAGACUAUAGUUGCUGCUCUCCAAAGUAUAUUGAGCAGUUACAACCAUUCAAGAGCAGAACCAUGUAUAUUAAGUUGAAAAGCCUUGACUAUGUCAAUGGUGGUGCCUGAGCUGCCUCUUGUAUUUAAAAUGCCCAAGGCAAAAA